GCCGAAAGAGGGCGCUGUGUCGACUCCGGCAGGCCGAGCAUCAGCUGCUGUUACCUCGCUGCCCUUCCAACAGCAUCUCACCUUCAACCGGACAGAAGCAGCACAUCCACCGCCGCGCCCGAAAAAAAAAACAGAAAACCAGACGGAAGAGAGACUGACGGCGUCACACCAACCGGGAGAGGAUCGAGGGCACAUCAGAGUCGGUUGUUGUAAUGAUGUAGGGUUUCGUUUUGCGGUUUGACAUCUAAUUCAGCUCGUCCGCCUCACUGCGACACGGUCCAGCUGCGCAUACAUGAAUUGCAGGCUGUCGGGAUAAAGCCGUCCCUCCUCUCCACCGACCUCGGGCUCCUCACGACGGAAAAACAAGGCCGAAGUCUCUGCGCAUCUGCCUGUCGUUUAUUCUGUCGGUCGGACUCGGAUCGGGCCCCGUUCAGCGUCCGAUCGCCUCCAGCCUCAGCAUCCUCUUCUCCACCAGCAUCAGCGAACGGCAUCCGUCCUCCCCGUCGAAUCUGCGCAAUGGCUGACGUCCCAGCGGAGUGCAACAUAAAGGUGCUAUGUCGCUUUCGGCCCCUCAACCAGUCGGAGAUUGUACGCGGGGACCAGUUCAUCCCCAAGUUCCAAGGGGACGACACCGUCGCCGUCGGGGGGAGGUCCUAUGUCUUUGACCGAGUAUUUCCGACCAACACCACCCAGGAGCAAGUGUACAACACCUGCGCCAAGCAGAUUGUCAAGGAUGUGCUGUAUGGCUACAAUGGCACUAUCUUCGCAUAUGGACAAACCUCCUCCGGGAAGACUCACACCAUGGAGGGCAAACUCCACGACCCUCACCAGAUGGGUAUUAUUCCUCGCAUCGCUGAGGACAUAUUCAACCACAUCUUUGCUAUGGAUGAAAACCUUGAAUUCCACAUCAAGGUUUCCUACUUUGAAAUCUACAUGGACAAAAUUCGUGACCUGCUGGAUGUGACAAAGACCAAUCUGUCAGUCCAUGAAGAUAAGAAUAGGGUGCCAUAUGUCAAGGGAUGCACUGAGCGUUUCGUCUCCAGCCCUGAUGAGGUUAUGGAUGUGAUCGACGAGGGAAAAUCGAACCGCCAUGUUGCUGUGACCAACAUGAAUGAGCACAGCUCUCGCAGCCACAGCAUCUUCCUGAUCAACAUCAAGCAGGAGCAUGUGGAGACUGAGCAGAAGUUGUGUGGAAAACUCUACCUGGUUGAUCUGGCUGGCAGUGAGAAGGUCAGUAAGACCGGAGCUGCAGGAGCCGUUCUGGAUGAGGCAAAAAACAUCAACAAGUCUCUCUCUGCUCUGGGAAACGUCAUCUCUGCGUUGGCCGAGGGCACGAAAAGUCAUGUGCCGUAUCGCGACAGCAAGAUGACCCGCAUCCUGCAGGACUCCCUCGGUGGGAACUGUCGCACCACCAUGUUCAUCUGCUGCUCUCCCUCCAGCUACAACGACACCGAGACCAAAUCCACUCUGAUGUUUGGCCAACGUGCCAAGACCAUCAGGAACACCGCCUCCAUCAACCUGGAGCUGACGGCGGAGCAGUGGAAGAGGAAGUUCGAGAAGGAGAAGGAGAAGAACAAGACCAUGAAGGAAACCAUCCAGAGGCUGGAGGCCGAGCUCAACCGCUGGAGAAAUGGAGAGGACGUGCCGGAGACGGAGCGCACCACGUCAGAAGUGGUGACCCGGAUUGAGACCGUGGAGGAGCGCCCCAUCUUGGACAAUGACACCUCCUCCAUUGUGGUCCGCAUUUCCGAGGAGGAGCGUCAGAAGUACGAGGAGGAGAUCCGCAAGCUGUACAAGCAGCUGGAUGACAAGGACGAUGAGAUUAACCUGCAAUGCCAGGUGGUGGAGAAACUGAAGCAGCAGAUGAUGGACCAGGAUGAGCUCCUGGCCUCGUCCCGUGGCGACGGGGACAAGGUCCAGGCGGAACUCGGCAGGCUGCAGGUGGAGAGCGACUGCGCCAAGGCCGAGGUGAAGGAGGUGCUUCAGGCUCUGGAGGAGCUGGCCAUCAACUAUGACCAGAAGAGCCAGGAGGUGGAGGAGAAGGGCCUGCAGAACCAGCUGCUGGCCGACCAACUGGCCCAGAAAAUGGCCAGUCUGAUGGAGCUGGAGGCGGAGCUGUCUCGUAUGCAGGAAGUGAGCGGUCAGCAGAGGAAACGUAUCGCCGACGUCCUCAAUGGUCUGAUGAGGGACCUCAGUGAGUUCAGCACCAUCGUGGGCAACGGGGAGAUCAAGCUGCCGGUGGAGAUCAGCGGUGCGAUCGAGGAGGAGUUCACGGUGGCUCGUCUCUACAUCAGCAAGAUCAAGUCAGAGGUGAAGAGCAUGGUGAAGCGCUGCCGCCAGCUGGAGAACAUGCAGCUGGAGUGCCACCGCAAGAUGGAGGAGACCGGGAGGGAGCUGUCCUCCUGCCAGCUCCUCAUCUCUCAGCACGAGGCCAAGAUCCGCUCUCUGACGGAGUACAUGCAGAGUGUGGAGCAGAAGAAGAGGCUGCUGGAGGAGAGUCACGACUCCCUGAGCGAGGAGCUGGCCAAGCUGCAAGACCAGGAUAACUCCCUGCUCGAGGAGAAGGAUGGAGAGAAGGGUGAGACUGAAGAUGGAAAUGUGAAGAAGAGCGUUCGCCAGCAGGGAGAGACUCACCGCGGCCUCCAUCACAAGCAGCUGACCCGCCUGCGGGAUGAGAUCAAUGAGAAGCAGCGGGUCAUUGACGAACUCACUGAUCGUAACUCCAAGAUGGAGCUGGAGCUGGCUCAGGUCCGUGCCGACUUUGAGCGUCUGAAGAGUCAGGACAGCAGCAAGAGCGAGCGCCUGGAGGAGCUCUCGUUCCUGCAUCAACGUCAUGAGCAGACUAAACAGGACUUGAAGGGUCUGGAGGAGACUGUCGCCCGCGAGCUCCAGACCCUCCACAACCUGCGCAAGCUGUUCGUUCAAGACCUCACGUCGCGGGUUAAAAAAAGUUCCGAAAUGGAACCUGAUGAUAGCGGGGGGUCUUGCACCCAGAAGCAGAAGAUUUCCUUUCUUGAGAAUAACCUGGACCAACUUACAAAGGUUCACAAACAGCUGGUUCGUGACAAUGCAGAUCUGCGCUGUGAGCUUCCAAAGUUGGAGAAACGUCUUCGGUCUACUGCUGAGAGAGUUAAGGCCCUGGAGACUGCAUUGAGGGACGCCAAGGAGGGCGCCAUGAUGGACCGCCGCCGCUACCAGCAGGAGGUCGACCGCAUCAAGGACGCCAUGAGGGCAAAGAGCGCCCUGCGCCGCCCCCAUGCAGCACAGAUCGCCAAGCCAGUGAGACCGAAGCAGCUGCCGGUUUGCUCCCCCACAAACCCGUUCUACACCUAUAUCCGUGCCACCGAAAAAGGCAACACCUACAGCAACGCCCUCUUCCAAGGCAACGCGACACAGCCGAGCGCCGCCGGCGCCAACAGCAACCCCAACUCUGUCCAGAGCAACACAGUUUCCACAGCACUGGGCUACAGAGCAGGCAGAUAUAACGGAGACACACUGGAGUGCUUCCCACUCAACAUUGAAAACGGCAACAACGUCAGUGAAACGAGAGACAUCAAUGACAACAGGAGUGAUGUUCACUGUGGCAGCGAGGUGGAUGAUUCAAACAGGCACUACGUCAUUCAGCAGGAGACGGCUGCAAGUUAAUACCAUGACGACGACCAAACACUGUAUCUAUCCAAGGACCCUCCCCCUCCCAUCUGCAUGCAGCCUGUCUCCUCGUCCUUCCGCUGCAUCGCUGAUGAAGAUGAAGAUGUGUAGCCCUGUAUUAUUAUUACUAGACGAAGCCCCCCGCCCCCUGCUCUUAAGGUGACCACUCUCAGGUUUGGGGUCCGGUCCAUUCCAGGUCAGUCAGUGCAAGAAAUAAUCAGAUUUGUUUUUUAUUUUAUUUUGUAGAAUGUCCACAACUAAUGACCACAAUUUGUGGAAAGCCAUCACUGAUGCUGAUGAGCUCCUGAGGUGUUUGAACUGCAGUGGGCCUGACUCCAUCCCUGAGUACUUAGUACACACAUGUUGUAAAUACUAUUGCUGUAUACUCCAGUAGAGGUUUUCCGACCAGCAUCUGUUUGUGUGAACGCACAGCCUCCGCCGUCCGCUGCACUCAACUUUUUAAAAGGGGCAUCAUGUGGAUGACAUACAGUAGACAGACAUGACCUUUUCCUCAGUCAUAAAUAAGAGUAUAGUGUGUAGCGCCGGCUUGUAACGGAAGACCCACACUCAGCAUGCAUGUGGCUUAGCGGGUUAGCUUUCAAAUUGUUGCAUGUCAUGAUUCCACUCAGGAGCUGGUAUGCUGCGCGUGAACCGUCUGAUCGACUUUGACAGAUGUUGCAGAGAGAGAGAGAGAGAGAGAGAGAUGGUUCCCCUCAAUCCUGAUCCUGGUCUUAUUGCUUUGGGUUUUCCAUUUUAAAGUAAAUUAGACUCCAAAAACUGGGUUGUUGUGGCUUUAUCACAGGACAUAUGACAACAAAACGCAUCUGGGUUCAAUUUUUAGAUGCAAAAUGUGUAAGGGAAACCCAGCCCAGACUUUGUCUGUAUAGAGGAAACCUUUUGUAAUUGCUUUCAUACUGUGAUGUUGCAGCUGUGAUGAUGCCGUUGUACUCUUCGGGUGAUGCUGCCCAUAUCCAUUCGACGUCGCUCUCUCCCUGCAUCGCACCCACAGCUUGUGAGUCUUCUUACCGAGCCUUAACAAGAGCUGGUUUCUCAUGAUCAACAUGCGGUCACAUGCACACAUUUGUAAUUACUACCUCUGAUGCUAUUUAAUAUAUCACUUAUCACCGUAUACCAAGAUUUCCUCUUUUCAAAUGUUAAAUACGAGCAGAUGUUAGUAAGAGUCCCUAGGGCGCGUGUAGUUCACCGAUAGCUGUCAGUAGAUUUAAAUGCUCUUUCUCGGCGCAGUUGUGUUGUUCAUGCACACACAGAUUCCUUCUCCAUCAUGUAACACGAUCAGAGCUGGGCAGAAAACUUUCCAAAAACUUUCUUUACGGCAGGAAAAUAACCGAAGGUCUGGGUUCAUUCAUCAAGUUCAUCGUCAAAGGAGAAAUAAAUCUUUUCCUUUAACCUUUUAAACCUUUGAGGCUGAAAUGACACACUUUCCCCAUCUAUCCUAAAUUUAGAUUUUUAAACCUGUUAAGACUGUAUGGAUGCUGUUUAUCGAUUCAGUGUUUUUGGAUCAGAUCCAUCAAAUGUCCAGUGACCAGUGAGAGCGUCUGUAAACUAGUCCCCAUGCAGCUGAGCAGCCACCAGUCUGGCACGGACACACAGUUUGACAGAAGCGCGUAGUAGCUUGUCGUCGGGUCGUGCUGUGAUUCUUCUGUCAGUAACCCUGACCAGCCAAUCAGGAGAGGAGAAAGCAGCAGGUCCUACGACGGUGAAGAAGAGAGAUGAGUGCGUUUGGACUGAGCAGAGUCGCUGAAAGGAAAAGUUGGACUAAAUUUAAAAGAUGCAUUGUGAAGCUCAAUGUGCCUUCUCUGAUUAUAGAAAACUAAAAUAUGCAUAAUGAAAGAGAGACACGUUAUUUGGAUUUCCUUUCAUACUUUGUAUUUUCACUUUGACUUAUUUUAAUACCCAUCCAAAUUGUCUCUGAUCUGAUUGUUCGGAGUUUGAUUGAGCCUCUAUCACCAUCCAUGUGACAGAAGCGUCCACUUUAUAUUCAAAACUAUUUCUCUAUAUGGAAAUAUUCUGUAUUAUAUUGCAUGACAGGAUCUGUUCUAAUUUAGCCAGGUAGGAACUCAGUAUGAUCCUCCUCAGUCGUCUGAUCAAGAAGAGCCUCAUUUAGGAGCGCACCGCUCGGCCUCAUCAUGUUCUUACUGACAUUACCAACAUCUCAGGGCUUCACAUCCACAAUCACAGUGACCGUGGGCCACCACCACCACUGUCUUCCUCAUCUAUACUUCAAGCUAUGUGAUGGGCAGAUGAACAAUCGGGUCAGUGUGUGUUCUUCGAGGCGUAACACCGGGAGGACGAAUCGAAUAUUACAGAAACAACAGCAUUUUGUACGUAUGUAACAUUUCCAUUCUGGGAUAUGACACCCAAAAUGAAGUGGCCCCUCGGCCGCACCCUGGUCAGACCCUACUAUUUAUGUCCAAGCAGACCCUCUAUUUGACAUCAUGUUCUAAGUGUACUAUAUUGUCACCGGCUGUCCCUCUGUCUGAUUUCAACAUAUCUAAACAUUUAUGUGCUAUAUAUUGUUAAUCUUGUAAGUAAAGAUAGCGUGCCAUGACAUAGCAAAAUGCAAGAGAAAGGUACGCGCUGACCUUGUUCAAAGAAAAUGUUUGUUUUAUUGAUUUCUGUAUGCCAAUACUGUAGCGUCAACAUGGUCGUGUGAAGAAUCACCGUGCAAAGAUUUCCUGUAUAUAUAGACUCAUCACUAUGCUGUAUUGUACGUGAACCAUUGUGUUGUAGUAAAAAGUUCAAUAAACUUGUAGAAAGGGAA